AUGGAACAGCAAGAGAAAGGGACUGGGCCAGAGGGGAACAACCUGUCCCUGCCAUCACCAGGGACCGAGCCGUGGACCCCUGCACCUUUCCCAGCCUUGCCACCUCUCCCCCUGGGCACCCCGGAUCCAGCCCACCUGGGGCUCCCUGAGAGCUUGGCCUCUGUCACCGUCCCCAUCCGUCUGGACGCCCUCUCCUACCUCCUGCACAGUGCCCUGCUGGGGGCCUACACCCUUCAACAGUCCUUGCCCUCCUGCCCCUGCACCCCCCAGACAUGCUGCACCCAGCCAGGCACGGCCACAAGGCCAUCCAGGGGACGCGGGGGUUGGGGUGUCCAGCGCAGGCCAGGCUGGGGCCAGGGCCAGCAGCGAUGGCGACCCGGAAGGGCUGAGAGGGGCUGGCUGGGGGGGUCUGGGGCUGGCCCCAAGACUCCGCCGGUGAUGCCACCAUCACCACCAACGCUGCCUGACCAGGAUGGGAAGAAGGAAGCCCCAGGUCAGGAGCCACCCCAGGAGACGCCGCCCGCUGCAGCAGAAGACUGGGAGACAGAGUACUAG